GUAGAUGUGCGCGCUCACAUGACCUCAUGUCCCACGAUGGCGCUUCUGUGGUUGCUGCUCUUGGAGCUGGCGUUGUAUUGCUGUUGUUUUAUUUGCGGAAUUGUCACUGCUGCUUCAGUUACAGUCUCCCAGGGUGACUUUAUAGGGAAGUGUAUGCUGUAUGGCUCAGUGACCUUGAACAGCUCAGCCUUCAGUGUAAGCUCGUCGAGUUCUCCCUCUCUGUGUUACUUUGUAUCAGCCAUCUCUGUGUGUGUGGCGAUCUUCUGCUUCUCCACCACUCUCUACUGGGUCUACAUGUACUGUAUCGAUGGAGAGCUCAAAAGAGAGCGAGUAUGGAUGAACAUAUCUUUGGGUGUAUGCACAGUCUUCCUCUUUUUCCUCUUGGUAACGGGUUGCAUCUUGAAAAUGGGCCUAGACAGACUGUGUGACUCAGUGUUCCAAAAUGUGUGGAACAUAACCAGAUGUGAAGACGCACAGAGCAAAUCAUGGAAAAGCCCAAUGACAGGGAACCGCUUCUUCUACAAACUGCACAGUGCUGAAAUUGCAGUGUGGGUGAAUUUCUUCGGGUGGAUGAUCAUAGCAGUUCUGGUGGUGGUCCAGCGUAGGUGGGGCUCAGACACCCGAUCACGCCUAGAGGACCCGGGAGCCAGCCCUGCUGAAACGGAACCCUUCCUCAAACAACCAGAAUGGCCUCAAAGAACUCACUGAAUGCCAUGAGAUGUGUACACACACACACAGAAUAGAUACACACACAAGACUCACUCACAGAAACUGACGAACACAGACACGCAGAUGCUAACUGAGGAGAUGGGGUUUUUGGCUGUACCGGUCAGUGGUUUUGGUUAUGCUCACUAGCAGUAUCAAGGCUUUGUUGCCAUGGCUACUGAUCUGCCAUUGGCAACAGUAGCUUGGCAGUUAAGAGUAUGCUUGCCAGAUUGGUCUCUCUGACCUAUUCUGAUUUAUAUACUGUUUAAGUAGCUUAGAUUUUGACUUGGAUUUUUGACUAGAUUGUCCAAUAUGUAAGCCUAAGUGUUUGUGAAUCCUGCGUUCAGGAGACCACUGUCUCGUGUCUCUGACAGAUGUUAGUUAAUGUUUAAUGGCCAUUAAUCUUUGGUCAUAAUACCAAAUAAAACCAUUAGCUACACAGAAAUAAGUGCCACAAGAUGCAGCUUAUGUUUUGUUAAGAUUACUUUCCUGUAUUAUUACUUUUAACGUCCAUUGUCUUUGCGUGUUUGCACAUUAGCGCCUCCUGCUGACUAUUUGCGUCCGUAUUUGUCACUGUUAUUUAUUUCGCUUUCCUCUAGUGCUAUUUUUCAGCUGAGUGUUCUUCUUUCUACAAAACAUGCAAACUUGGUUGUUAAUGUCUUUGUCGUUAAAACAUUGGGGGGGGGGGGGGGGGGGGGUGCACGGAUGUCCAGUUUGGAAUGGCGUUUUGAAUACGAUUUUCUAGCACACACAAGCAGAGAGAGAGAGAGAGAGAGAGAGAGAGAGAGAGAGAGAGAGAGAGAGAGGUGCGUGCGUGCGCAGGCUUGGGUUGACAGGGACAUAAAUCUAUCCAUAGGGCCAUGAUAAGACCUGUUCGGUGUGGGCUGUGUGCCAAAACCAUGCUGCUGUCACAGCUCUAAAGUAUUCAAAGACACAUUGUCCUUCCCACUGUCCCCACACACAAAGAUGAGCAGUGCUUCUGUCAACUUUAAACAAGAUUCUGCUUCCUCAAUAUGUAUGGUAGUUUCUGAUCUUUUUUCACCUUUCAGAUGUAAGCAUUAACUACACUGCAUUUGAGGAGAAAAUGAUAGAUAUUAUUAAAGUUCUUUUUGCACUGAUUUUAAUAAAUGGAUGUCAAAACUUCA